GCUGCGUCGAGCGGCGCAAAGCGGAAGUGAGAGCAUCUGGCAGGAGAGCGAUUCCCCUCCGGAACAGGAGGAGGAUGUGAAAGUUAACACGAUACCGGUUUCGAAUAAACACACAACCGGCAGCUGGAGUCAGAACCGGAGCGACGCCGAGCAGACGACAUGAAGUUGGCGGCGUGCGCGGCGUUUUUCCUGGUGGUUGGUUCGGUCGGAGCGGCGAAGAGCGGCGGAGCUGGAGCUGGAGGAGGAGGAGGAAGAGGAGGAGGAGGAGGAGACGACGACUGGGUUCAUCUGCCCAACAAGUGUGAAGUCUGUAAGUUUGUCAGCAUCGAGAUGAAGUCGGCGUUUGACGAGACGGGGAAGACGAAGGAGGUGAUCGACACGAACUACCGCUUCAUCGACAGCAAGGGGGCGCCGCCGAUCAAAUACGUCAAGUCUGACCUCAGGUUCAUAGAGGUCGUGGAGAAUGUGUGUCAGAGGCUGUUGACGUAUAAUCUGCACAAGGAGCGAACCGGCAGCAACCGCUUCGCCAAGGGGAUGUCGGAGACGUUCUCCACCCUCCACGGCCUGGUGAACAAGGGCGUGAAUGUGGUGAUGGACAUCCCCUUCGAGCUGUGGAACGAGACUUCGGCAGAGGUUGCCGACCUCAAGAAACAGUGUGACACGAUGGUGGAAAGGUACGAGGACGUGAUCGAGGACUGGUACAAAGGAAGCCAGGAGGAAGACCUGACCACGUACCUGUGUGAGAAACAUGUUCUCAAAGGACAGGACACAGCUUGUCUGGACGAGGAGUGGGCAAAGAGGAAGGGAGACCAGGCCGCCAUCGCGGAGGACAAGAAGAAGAAGAAGAAGAAGAAGAAGAAGAAGGUCAAGGGAAAAGGUGAGGAAGGAGAGAAGGCGGCCAAGAAGAAGACGACGGAGAAGAAGGUGAAGAAGAAGAAGAACAAGAGCAAAUCUCCGGUGGAAAAGACGGACGGAGGGGCGUCGUCCGACGACGGGAUCCAGCCGCAGGUGCCUCUGUCCGGGCAGAAGACGGAGCUGUGAGGCCUGGUCCUGGAUCAGCUGCUCUGAAAUUCAACUCUCUGAGCAGAGACGCGUUGCACUGUUACAUCCCGUUCUUUCGUGUUUUUUUUUUACAACGUAAUCCAAAUCUUUAUUGUUCAGGUUCAUGUGAUUUUUUACCUCUGUUUCAGUUUUGUAAACUCAUCUCAGCGUAACCUGCAGAUACUUUUCAUAACUGGUAUCUUCCUUGAACAGGAUCUUUCUGAUUCAUAGUGAUUUUCAGAGUUUUCAUUUCCGUCGAAACAAUGACGUCAUCGUUAACUGCUGAGUUAUGGGAAUGCAGCGACACAGGAGAGACCCACAGUAGCUUUUAUUGAAAACAUUAUUAUUAUUUUUUUGAAAGAUUAUUUUUUGGGGCUCUUUCCGCCUUUAAUUUGACAGGACAGCUGGGUGAGAAAGGGGAGGGAGAGGGGGAAGACAUGCAGGACAUCGCCACAGGUCGGAUUCGAACCCAGGUCCUCUGUGUCGAGGCAUAAACCUCGAAGAAUUCAUGAGCCUGCUCCAUCCACUGAGCCACCCCGGCCACUAUUGAAAACAAUUUGUUGGUCAACUUACAAAUAGACAAAAAAACAACCUGUGGGAUUCGUCAAUUAAUCAAGUAGCUGAUCAGGAAAAUAAUCAACUCUUUUAAUUCAUUAAUCAAACAAAAAUACAGCCUCAAAUAUGACUGUUUUAAUGUGAAGAAGGGAAUUUGGAGAAUCAUUUUGGACAUUUCUCUAUAUUUAUUGGCAUUUUAAAAAGUGAAAUAUUGAUCAAUUAUUGGAAACUCAUUAGUUCUUUCUUUCUUUUCCUCUUAGUUGAAUGUAACUGGUGAUUUUAUGUUUGUCUUGUCAUGAAUAAUGUGAAUUGUUAUUAUCUCUGCAGUUUUAUUGACUGUAAAAUUCAUUCCAAAUGUUUUUUUAUGUUUGUUUUUAUAAUUUCUUUUGAUUUAAUUAAUUUUGGUUGCGACCAGUUCAGUUCCUGGAUCAUCAGUUCCUGGAACCAUCAACACACGGGGAUAUGUUAUCGAUCAGUAUAUUGAUUGUGGCUUCUCCUGGUAAUAUUUUAAAUGUUUGUAUUAAUAUCAAAGGAGCAAACUGACUCAACAGGAUAAAGACAUUUGAAUCAUCUGUUGAUGCAAAAAAAUAUCUUAAUUUAAUUUUUUCUGUUUGAAUUCACUUUUUUGAAAAAAAAUUUCUAGCAGAAAUUUGAUAUGGAGGUCUUAAAAAUCCCCUUUAAUGAUUCACUGCAACUUGAGGAACUUUUUUUUAAAAUGUCAUUUGUUGCUGUAUAUUAAUUUUCCCACCUCUUGUUAUAUUUUUGAGUUUGUGUGCUUUUCAAAAGCUGCUAUUUAAGGCGUGUGUGUUUAUGUGUGUGUGUAUGUGUGCUUGUCAUUGGUCUCUUGGGCUGACAAUUAAUGUUUCUGUGUUGUUGUUUUUUUCGGAGUUCGUGUGUGUUUCUACAGAUUUUUAUUCAGAAGUUAAAAUUUGCUUGCUGUGUUGCAUUGGAGCUGCUUUUUUGAAACCACACGGAGAAACGUGAGUGGAUGAAUAAACACAGGUUUGACAAAAAAAAACCCAUAA